UCCUUCUGCACUGUCAUCACGUCCAAAUACCCUAUCAUCAUCAGCAACACAACUGCCUCAGGUGCCGGGAACAACACAAACAGCAGACAUAUAUAAGCCUGUGGAACAUAGUUCAGGAACAUGAUGCAACAGAAACAUCUAAAGGCUGAGAUGCUUGCUACUGUUCUACCCACGAGGCCAGACGAGCCGUUGACCUUGGCUGGCCGGAAUGCCAUGAUGCAGCGUAAUGGGCCCAGCCUGCAGCCGGUGGCUAAAAGCAGCCGUCACCGCAAGUCACCUGCCCUCCAUCUGUCCAGCGCACCCUGCCAGGAGGAGGCCGCUUGUCGGCCCGCCGCCUCCCAAGCCCCCCAGGAGCCUCUGCAGUCUGACCCCCAGGCCCAGCCCCACCCGGUGGAGGUGAGCCGGGAGCUGGAGAACCUCCCGCCCCCCAGGCGGCCUCUGAAGCUGGCCCCUUUGGCCCCGGAGCCGAAGGACACCCAGAGGCUAGCGAGGGUCCGGGGAGGAGGAGCAGGAGCAGGAGCAGGAGCAGGGACGGCAGUCCCCCCUCCACCGGAGCCCAAGGAGGGCGUGAGGAAGCUGGAGGGCCUCGGAGGGGCUGAGGCCUGCCCCAGGAAGGUGAAGGCGAACCCGGUGCGGGAGGCCAGUCCGUCCAGGUCCCCCGAGAGGCCCCCGUUGUGCCGAAUGCAGCCCAUUGUGGAGUUCCCCAAAGCAGCACCCCAUAACCAGCAGCAGCAGCAGCCAGCGCUGGGGGCCAAGACCCUGCUGCUCCCUGUCCCUCAGGCAGAGCGCCCCCGCCACAAGUCACUCGGGGGAGACCUGGAGACCUUCCCCAGCUCCACCCCUCCCCCUGUUCGAUCUGGGAAGAAACCCGGCCCUCUCUCCCUGUCCGUCUCCCCGUCUCGCCUGCCCCUGAAUCCUCUCCAGGGCACCCAAGUGCCAAGUGCCAAGAGCCCACCCCUCUCCCCCUCAGAGUGUGGCAGCCUGGCGGAGUGCGCCCAGGGUCGUGCCAGGCCCCGCUUGCGUAGGAUCCCACGGCUCGAGGAGGAUCAGGGCCGAUCAGCUCCAGCCCCAGCCCCAGUUGCGUCAGGGUCAGGAUUAUCCCCGCGGGAGGAGAAAGGGGAGGAGGAGGAGGACACCAAACUCCAGCACCUGGUCCUGGACAGUGGCCAGCGGGUGGAGAGGGCCCGAAGCGAGCCCACACGCAUGCCGGAGAAGGCGCCCCGCAGGACCCCCGCUCCCCUGGACAGGCCAGGGAAAGCCAGCAAGAAGAUGGUGCGGAACGUUGUCCCUGCUGCCGUGCACUAAUCCCUGCAGAGAAAUGUUGACAGGGUUGAGGUGACGGGAGGGGAAGGGAAGGGAAGGGAAGGGUUUAGAGCCCCAGUGAUCCCUCUGGCACAGAAGAGGAGGAAAAGUCCUUCUUUUAAGCUCACACCUCUGAGCUGAUAAGGACGUAAACACCAGCUGCUCAUAGAACCUUUUUUUUUUAAAACUCCAUACGCACCCUUAUAGUCGCUUCUAGGCAACGGGGUUGGUCCAGGGCAGAGAUUCCCAGAGACAGACAGGCCGCGAUUAUAGUGUCAAAUGUGAUUAACAAUGGCCGCAGAUACAGAUCAGUGUCGCACGCUGAAAGUGGCAAAGAUGGGAAAGAACUGUAACUAUCCUCCACACUGCAAACCAUCUGUGUUGUCAUGCAACAUGAGUCACAGGCCCCGACAAAACAAAUGCAGUAGAAGCACUGACUCAUAUCAUAUUACCUCAUGUAAUGUCAUAACACUGAUGUUGUCAUUCUAAGAGAAACCUAGGGGUUGGUACCACUCGAAUACAUUAGUUCCUUAGUCUUUUUUUUUCGGUGUUACACUGGCAAAAUAUUGGGGGUGCUUUUUGAAGCAGGUUGGGGGCAAUACGCACCAUUUCAUUAAAGAGAAAAAGGAACAGAAAAGAACUCCAACAACAAAAACAAAAGACCAUGCAAGCUGUUUUUCAUGGCUGUUUUGCUGCUAACAUGCAAUGGAAGCGAAUGCUUGUUGUCUUCGGGGGACUGGUGCACCUCUUCUCAAGGCCUUCAAUGGCUUCUCCAGACUUCCUCUGGCUGGAGGGAAGAAAAGAGAAACGAGGGUCACAUGAAAAGGCUGUGGUCUGCUCCAGCUCUGCAAAAGCACUGUGGACUUUAACAGACACAAUUCUAUAGAGAUUUUGAAGAGGGGAAACUUCUGGAUUGUCCAAAGAGAGCAUGUUUUGCAAAGAUUUAAAACUUCCCUAUGAGCUCACAUUUCUAAAUUUUGUCUCCUGUUCUUCUUCCCCCCCCUUUGACAAUGACUGAAACCAUCAUAGAUUUAACUUACUACUACAUUUCCCUGUCUGUGUGUGUGUUUGUGUUAUGGAAAUGUACUUGGCAAAUAAACAGUUGAGUACUUUU